AUGGCAGCGCCAAGAGGCGGGGUAUACCAGGGGGUGCUGAUAUUAUUCUUUCCAGGUGGAUGGUCCGAGGCGACCCGUCGUGUUUGGGCGCCAAACUGGACAGUGACAGUCAGCCGCUGCCGCUGCCCUUCGGAGUUUGAAUCGCCUUUUCUCCCUCUCUUCCUCUCUCUGUCUAUCUGUCUCUCUGUCUGUCUGUCUCUCUCUGUCUGUCUGUCUCUCCCCUUCUCUCUCUCUCUCUCUCUCUCUCUCUCUCUCUCUCUCUCUCUCUCUCUCUCUCUCUCUCUCUCUCUCUCUCUCUCUUUUCCCUUGGAGUCACUGAACAGCCUUGCUUGUUCACGUUUCAAGUCGGAAGGCAACCUGAUUUGGGCGCUAUCGUGGCGGCACGCCCCCGCUCCAGCAAAGCGUCUUGUCUUGAGAAUGAGUCGCAAGGCUGUCCUUCACCCCCGGCCCGGUUCGACCGAGCUGUUUGAGACGCCCAACACGCUGCGGCCCGCGGGACCCUCGCAUGUACCUGGAACGACGGCCACCGUCGGCGCAGACUCGCCACCGAAUGCUGCUUUGCCCGAACACAGCGUUCUUUGGGAUGAGUCGCCCUCGCAGAGGGAACUUCCGAUGCCCACCCCGCGACGCUCGGUUUCCCGGAAAGAUAUUGCCUUGAUUGUGCGCACCCUCUCGUCCCGUGGCGAGACGCGUGACGAGGGCGAGAAUCGCCUACAGACCUACUUGCUCCAUCGACGGGCCGCCGAGGCGUCAGUGGCCUGCAGCACCUCACCGACACCCCCUGUCAUACGGACGCGGUCCGUUUGGCAGCGACGCCGCCGCAGCUUGGACCAACUCCAUGACUUGGUGGCCAAGCUGCGGGAUGAAGAAUCACGCCAGACCGCCGGCCAUGGCGUUGGUCAUGCCAGUGCUGCUUCCCCAGGCCAUGAUUCGCCGGCCCCGCCAGGUGGCAACGUUCCGGCAACAGCCUCCACCACGCCCAUCACUGUUGCGUCAGCCCCCUUGCGGCGGAACAGCGAUCGUGCCUCUGCCAUGACCCCCCUUGACCCCGCUGGCGACGAGAGUGCUGACGAGGAUGAGUUGGACGCGUUUUUGACGCAGCCGGAUGUGGUCGAUCUGUUACAUCGACUAGAAUCAUCCAAGGGUCAUGGCAACAGCAGCAGCGACGCUGCAUCAACAAAAACAUCCCCCCGCACUCCACGGCCCGCGUCACAAGCAUCCCAAUCGGGGCCUGCGGCACCAAUCUCAGUGCGCCAUCACGCGUCUACAACUACCACUACAGGCCGAACCCAUGCCCAGCCCGACCCUGAUUCAUCCACGACCAAACGAGUUCCCUCCUGCCCUUUGCAGGGCGCAACAACUCGCUCGCCAAUCUCGGCGAUGAAGCGUGGUGCACCGUUGCAGCCCUCCCCGUUGCCUGCAAAGCGCGGCAGUGUGGCUCCCGUCUCUGCUGUGCCUUUGGGUGGGGCCGAUCGUCGGUCUUUAAACGCCGGUGAGAACCACACUCUCGGCAAAGCCAAAACCAAUGCAGCCCAAACCGUGGGCUCAAAGUCCACACCGACCCCGUCCAUGUCGGAGGCUGUCAAGCUACGGAUGGAAAAGAAGAAGAUGGAAGCCACUAUCCGACGCAAUAAAAUUGCUGCGCAGCGGCGAAGACAGGCCGUUCAGGCCGCGCGCCAGGCCGCUGCCCCAGCCGGCCCCUGA